AUGCUUAAUGAAGGUCCAGAACUUAAGUGUUAUGUUCAUCAUGAAGUUCACAGCCUUUUAGCACAGAGCCUGAUGAUCACUAUUAAUUCCAGUAGUUCCGUAACUACUGCUUCCUAUUCAUAUUUGAAUAAAGUAAUAAUCAUAAAGGAGAAAUUUACUGCAAGCUUUUUUUUUUUAUUUCUAGUGUUCAGACUGCAUCAUAGUGCUUCCGAUACAAGCGACAAAAACCGAGUUAAAAGCAGAUUAAAGAAGUUUAUCACCCGAAGACCUUCUCUGAAAACUCUGCAAGAAAAGGGACUUAUUAAAGAUCAAAUUUUUGGCUCUCAUCUGCACACAGUGUGUGAACGUGAAAAUUCCACAGUUCCACGGUUUGUAAAGCAAUGCAUUGAAGCUGUCGAAAAAAGAGGUCUAGAUGUUGAUGGAAUAUACCGAGUUAGUGGCAAUCUGGCGACAAUACAGAAGUUAAGAUUUAUUGUCAACCAAGAAGAGAAGCUGAAUUUGGACGACAGCCAGUGGGAGGACAUCCACGUUGUCACCGGAGCACUGAAGAUGUUUUUCCGGGAGCUGCCUGAGCCGCUCUUCCCUUACAGCUUCUUUGAGCGGUUUGUGGAAGCGAUCAAAAAGCAAGACUACAACACAAGAAUUGAAACUAUAAAGUCUCUUGUGCAAAAACUCCCUCCACCAAAUCGUGACACCAUGAAAAUUCUCUUUGGACAUCUAACUAAGAUAGUGGCCAAAGCCUCCAAGAACCUCAUGUCCACACAAAGCCUGGGGAUUGUAUUUGGACCCACCCUUCUGCGAGCUGAAGGUGAAAUGGGUAACAUGGCGGUACAUAUGGUGUACCAAAACCAGAUAGCUGAGCUCAUGCUGAGUGAGUACAAUAAGAUCUUCGGCUCAGAGGAAGACUGACAGACAAGACAACUUACUGAAUACGUUCACAUCUGUCUCGAUGCCUAAUAUUUUUACAUUUCUGUAAACAUAUUUCUGAAAUAUUUUUUGCCUUUCAAGCGACAGAUGCCUCAUUUUGUGAAAACUUAGUGAUAAUUUUGUGUUUAAGUUCCAAACAUUUGAAUAAAAUAGUUGACAAUAUUUGCCUAUAUGUGUUCUACAUUAACCCCUUCAGUCCUGUUCCUUCUAGCACUUCGAGGCCUUCAUUAUACAUGCUCCACACUGUUAAAUAAUGUGCUGAGCACAACACAUAUCCAAACAGCAGUUUUAAAGCUGCUCCCGGGCAUUGGGUGUGUACGUGGGUUGAGUGAGUGUUGUCAAUAUGGGUAUAUGUGCACACAGGUGAGACUUCUCACUACCCUGGCUGCCUCAAGCAUGUUCCCAUACUCCUACUUGUACAAGAGUAAUACCAACAGAGAAAAGAAGUCAGAAAUUAAUCAUUUUUAAAUGAACAAAGGAGAUCAGGUUCUCCACUAAGACAAAUAUAUUUCAUCUUUCAGAAACAUUUCUGCAUGUGCAAAUAUAAAAUACAGCCCAGUUGUCCUCAAUGUUAGAUGGUGAAAUGUACAAAUACAACAA